AAGGGCACACUGGGAACUAAAUUAACGGCAGUUCUGACUGCAAGGGUGGGGGCUGGCGAUCUAAACGCUGAAGAGAUCUUGAAGUCUUACACUGUGCCAUUAGGUGCAGCACGCCUCUGUCCGUCGCAGCUGCAGUGAGAGGCCUUGCCACCUCCACUCUCGCCCAGGCCUCUAUUGUGGCUUCCACGUCUGCGCGAUCACCGCAGCCCAACCCAGCCCCGCCCUGCGCUGUUACCUUCGCUGCUGCAACCUCCUCAGCCCCAGCCUCUGCCGCUACCCAAGCAUACGUGAGUCAUUUUCUGCCCAUCUCUGAGCGCGCGGUCUCAGUGGUAGUCACCAUAUUAAGGGGUUUGCAGGUUUGCAAAAUGGCAGAAGAGGAUCUUAACAUGGUCUCGGAACCUGCCGCCCAAAGGGUUACUGAAGAGAAGAUGGCUAGCUCGUCUAGUGAUUCUGGGGAAGAAUCGGACAGCAAUAGCUCUAGCAGCAGCACUAGUUGCAGCAGCAGCAGCGGCAGUGGCCGCAGCCGCUUAUAUAGAAAGAAGAGGGUAUCUGGGCCUUCCAGAGGAGCACGGGGGGCUCCGCUGGGUAAAAGUUUUGUGGAUCGGCUGCCUCAGGCAGUUAGAAAUCGUGUGCAGGCUCUCAGAAAUAUUCAAGAUGAAUGUGACAAGGUUGACAUCCUGUUCUUAAAGGCAAUUCACGAUCUCGAAAGAAAAUAUGCCGAACUCAAUAAGCCUCUAUACGAUCGGCGAUUUCAAAUAAUCAAUGCAGAAUAUGAACCUACAGAAGAAGAAUAUGAAUGGAAUUCAGAGGAUGAGGUGUUCAGCAGUGAUGAGGAGGUGCAGGAAGACAGCCCUAUUGAAAUGCCUGCCUUAGAAAGUGAGCAGGAAGAUGAUAACCCUAAGGAAAAACCUCAGGUAAAGGCUGAAGAAAACGAGGUUCCAAAAGAAAUUCCUGAGGCAAAGACUGAAGAAAACGCAGAAUCUAAAGAUUUUCUGGGUAUAAAGCCUGAAGUGAAAGAAGAGCCUGAAGUAGUCCCCCAGCAAAAUGCAGAAGAUCAAAAACAGCCUAAAGCAGCAGAGGCUAAGGCAAAGGCUGCUGUAAUAGAGGCUCCUAAAAGAAUUUCUGAGGUCAGGCCUAAAGAAAGAGUAAAUCUUAAAAGAGCUCGUAAGGGAAAGCCUAAAAAAGAAGAUCCUAAAGUGACUGUUUUAAAGAAUGUCGACAAGCUUGGGCCCAUGAUUCAGAAGUAUGAUGCCCCCAUUUUGAAGUUCUUGUCAGAUAUUAGCCUAAAGUUCUCAAAACCUGGCCAGCCUAUAAGCUACACGUUUGAAUUUUAUUUUCUACCUAAUCCAUACUUCAGAAAUGAGAUGCUGACCAAGACAUAUAUAAUAAAGUCAAAACCAGAUCACAACGAUCCCUUCUUCUCUUGGGGAUGGGAAAUCCAAGAUUGCAAAGGCUGUAAAAUCGAUUGGAGAAGAGGAAAGGAUGUUACCGUGACAACCACCCAGAGCCGUACAACUGCUAGUGGAGAAAUUGAAAUUCAGCCAAGAGUGGUUGCUAAUGCAUCAUUCUUCAAUUUCUUUAGCCCUCCUGAGAUUCCUAAGAUUGGAAAGCUAGAACCACGAGAAGAUGCCAUCCUGGAUGAAGAUUUUGAAAUUGGUCAAAUUUUACAUGAUAACGUCAUCCUGAAAUCAAUCUAUUACUAUACAGGAGAAGUCAAAGGUACCUAUGAUGAUGGUAAAGAUUAUGGAAACAGGAAGUAUCGAAAAUAAAAAAAGAGGCAGCCUGAAGAAAUUUUCAAGCAUCUCAAAACCUCAAGCAGAAGUAAAGCAGGUUUAUAUAGGCUCAUGUGAGAUGC